CUGGUGUUCCAUGGUUUAUCUAAGUAACUGAUAAUUUCCAUUUCUUAGAGAUUACUGACUCCUUUUCUUAUUCUUUUCAGCUGUUGUAGAGCAAGAGAUGAAAAAGGAUUGGCUCUUUGCACCUCACUAUCGAUACUAUGUACGGGAAAUGAGAAUUCAUGCCUAUAGCCAGCUCCUAGAGUCCUACCGAUCACUGACAUUAGGAUACAUGGCAGAAGCAUUUGGAGUCAGUGUAGAAUUCAUAGAUCAGGAGCUUUCAAGAUUCAUUGCAGCAGGGCGAUUACACUGCAAAAUAGACAAAGUCAAUGAGAUUGUAGAAACCAACAGGCCUGAUAGCAAGAAUUGGCAGUACCAAGAAACCAUCAAGAAAGGAGAUUUGCUGCUAAACAGAGUUCAGAAACUUUCCAGAGUAAUUAAUAUGUAAUUUUUUUAAUGCAAGGGAAUGCAAACUUUAGGUGUUUAAAACAUUUUGGAAGUAACCUAUAAAUACAUUGUAUAACUUGCUAUACUGUGGGUUAAAAAAGACAUUACUAGCCAGAGAGGUAGUGUUUUCACUUUCCGUUUCAUUCUGUAAAACAAUAUUCUGUUUUGGUGUAUGGAUCCUGGUUCAGUUAUUAAAUGUAUGAUACAGUUGGUGAUCUCCUGUAAU